AUGCCAAUAUUGUUCAAAUUUGAGCACAUCCGCCUCACCGAAGUGGCUCAACUUAUUCGCAACAUUGGUACUGCUUUGUUACAAUCGCAACGACGUGGACUCUCCCUUCCUCACGUCACAAUCCCGCGCGGCGGCUGCGCGCCUCGGCCGGGCGGCGAAGAUUCGGGGAUCCCCAUUGCGUCCGCCAAGCUUGACGACGUGCACGACCUCCUCGGCGCCGCACUCUUCCUACCGCUCUUCAAGUGGUUCCGCAAGUCGAAGAAGGGGACGCUGAUGCAGACACAGAAUGAUACCAUCUCCGCCGCCAAGGCGCCCAACCUCGUCAAGGCCCUGCCCCAGCGCAAUAGAAAGAAGAAGCUCCCCGUCUCAUACGCGCAGCUGGCGCGGAGCAUCCGCGAGCUUGCCGCGACGUGCGGUCAGAAAAGUUCCCAGAGGCAGCUUGUCAACAGCGUGUUCCCCAAACUCGUUGUGUACAAUUCCGUGGAUCCUUCGGUGGCUCCGUCUCUUCUAAUGUCUAUCAUACGUGGUAAUUUGCAAUAUGCUUCUCUAAGUGCACUGAGAAGGCUUCCACUUGAUCCUGUAAUAAAUUUGGUGAUGCGAAGGUUUGAGGCAGAGCUUGCACAACAAUGUGUCAAAUUGGUAAUGGAUUUGGAUAGAGAAAUAAGGCGUGGUCGAGAAAGGUUGACUCAUGAUACUGCUGUGCCACUACCAAUCCCUGGCAAAAUAAUUGAGCAGCUCUCAGCGCGAGAAGAACAGAUCAAAAAGCUAUUGGAGCAAAUCGAGGAGCUUGGUGAGGCUGGUAAAGUGGAUGAAGCACAGGCACUUAUGCGGAAGACAGCUUUAGCUAACCAAGCAGACAACAAAGCGGCCAUGCUUGAGAAGAUGCAAUUUUGUGGAACAUGUGGAUCAUUCUUAGUUGCCGAUGAUGCUCUUGAGAGAACACAAUCCCACGUGACUAGGAAACAUCACAUUGGUUAUGGUAUGGUUAGAGAUUUCCUGACGGAAUAUAAGGCUGCAAAAGAAAAGGCAAAAGAGGCUUGCAAGGGCUGGUUUUAGUUGUUCAUAACCAUACCCUGCUAAAAACCUCUAGGACUAUAUAGUUGUUUGUGCUGAAAAAUAUUAGCUAACCUGGUGGUCAGUAAUUAGUGUGCUGGUGGAUCAAUUGCAAUGUAUUUUAAAUAUGUAAUCACUCAUAUGAGCUGCUAAUUUAAUGUUCGCACUGCUUGAUCUGUUUUA